GUCACUAUCUUUACUUACUCCAACAAACAAAAGCUAGUGACUAGUUUUAUAAGUUUCCGAGGAACAGAACCGAAAUUCUUUCUUGUUUUGCAUUCUUGAAUACUUGCAAGUUAAGGAAGAGCAGAAUGAAUGAUGGUGGUGAGGUGGUGGGAAAUAUGAAAGAGAAUACUAACAAUGGGGUGAAUAUAGAAAAGAUAGAUUAUGUGUACAAGGUUGUGGUCAUUGGCGACUCUGCAGUGGGGAAGACUCAGAUUUUGUCAAGGUUUACCAAGAAUGACUUCUGUUUGGACUCUAAAUCAACCAUCGGUGUUGAGUUCCAGACCAGGACUCUUACUAUCAACUCCAAGCUCAUCAAGGCUCAGAUCUGGGACACUGCUGGCCAGGAAAGGUAUAGAGCAGUGACAAGUGCAUACUACAGGGGAGCACUAGGAGCCAUGUUGGUAUACGACGUCACCAAGCGACAAACGUUUGAUCAUGUGGCAAGAUGGGUGGAAGAACUCCGAGCUCAUGCUGACAACACCAUAGUGAUCAUGUUAAUUGGCAAUAAAGCUGAUCUCGUAGACCUCAGGGUCGUGCCCACAGAAGAUGCAAUAGAGUUUGCAGAGGAUCAAGGCCUAUAUUUCUUCGAGACAUCAGCUCUCAAUGGUGACAAUGUGGAAGCUGCAUUUUUUAAGCUGCUAGAGGAAAUAUACAAAGUUGUGUCCAAGAAAGCCUUGGAUUGUGGUGAUGGUAAAGCUAAUGGUACUAAUCUUAGAGGCUCUACUAUUGAUGUUAUCUCCGGCUCCAAGGAUUUUGAAGUGAGUGAAUUGAAAAAAUCGUCGACGUGCUCUUGUUGAUCUCACAGCUUUUUGUCAUUUUAAGAAAGAAUGCUUUUAUAGUAGUUAUUGUGAGGAUGGCGCGACCAUUGAAGGAACAUUUUCCGGUUGAUGUGAGUUGGAUAUGAUCAGUACAUUGCUGGAAAGCUUGAUUUAUGUUGUGCUUGUUCUCUCAAUCUCAGAAAUAUGUUCACUUCAACACAUGGAUCAUGUAUUAUAGUUGCAAUUUGUUCUACCAUA